UCUUACAAAUGUGAAAUUUGUUUUAAGCAGUUUACUACAGCCAGUCAUUUGAAAAGACAUUUAAGAGUGCACACUGGAGACAAUCCGUACAAGUGUGCUAUUUGUUAUAAGCAGUUUAUUGAUAGAAAUAAUUUAACAACACAUUUGAGAGUGCACACUGGAGAGAAACCAUACAAGUGUGAAAUUUGUUUUAAACAAUUUAGUGAAGCAGGUACUUUGAAAAUCUAUUUGAGAGUGCACACUGGGGAGAAACCUUAUAAGUGUGAAAUUUGUUUUAAGCAGUUUAGUGAAGCAGGUACUUUGAAAACACAUUUGAGAAUGCACACUGGCGAAAAGCCGUACAAGUGUGAAAUUUGUUUUAAGCAGUUUACGCAAUCCGAAAAUUUGAAAACACAUUUGAGAGUGCAUACUGGGGAAAAACCUUAUAAGUGUGAAAUUUGUUUUAAGCAGUUUACGCAAUCGGCAAAUUUGAAAACACAUUUGAGAGUGCAUACUGGGGAAAAACCUUAUAAGUGUAAAAUUUGUUUUAAGCAGUUUGCUAAAGCAAACAAUUUGAAAACACAUUUGAGAGUGCACACUGGGGAAAAACCUCACAAGUGUGAAAUUUGUUUUAAGCAGUUUACUACAAACACUGAUUUGAAAACACAUUUGAGAGUGCACACUGGGGAAAAACCUCACAAGUGUGAAAUAUGUUUAAAGCAAUUUAGUGAAGCAUGUAGUUUGAAAAGACAUUGGAGAAUGCACACUGGCGAAAAGCCGUACAAGUGUGAAAUUUGUUUUAAGCAGUUUAGUGGAGCAGGUAAUUCGAAAAGACAUUUGAGAGUGCACGUGCACACUGGCGAAAAACCAUAAAAGUGUGAAGUGACCCCGCAACACUGGGGUCAGGACAAAUAAUCCCGGACAAAAAAUCGCCCUACAGCAAAUUAACUUAAAAUGCAUUUUUUGAGACUGCACACUGGAGAAAUCGUAGUGUUGAACAGGGAUCUCGUGAAGUGGGCGGGCACUGCGGGGUACUGCGCAGACAGAGAAAGCCUUCGGACAGAAAAGGAUGAAAUUUACUCGAAUAUUACCGCUUUGUUCGUACCGCAAUGUUGUCAAUAUGUGAAUAACCACAGUAAUAUUGGAAAUUUUGAGUAUGAUAUCUAAAGAAACUAAAUAAUUGACACUGCAUGACGUGUAUGUAGAUUUAUAAUCAGGUAAAAAAAAUUAAAACAUUGUACAGAAUAAAAGGAAAACAAAAAUAAUGAUUUGA